AUUUUCUUUCUAUUAUAUAUAGAAGGCUAUGUACAUUCAUAAGAUAUUCACAUCAUCCUAUAACUUGUGUUUGUGUGGUAUUGAAACUUCCUAACAUAGAAAUCAUGAAUUCUAUUCAACAAACACAAGAAAAAUGGAAGGGCAAAGCUAAAACAGAAUUACUAGGAUGCAAAGCAAAUCAAGUAUGGCCACUUUUAGAGGAUUUUUUUGGCCUUGGCAAAUGGUUUCCAACUCUCUCAACAUGCAUUCCUCUUGAAGGAAUAUCCGGCAAACCUGGUUGCGUCCGAUUUUGUGGCGGUUUCAAGACUCCAGUUGACGAACAUGACAAACAAACUUUGAAUUGGACUAAGCAGAAACUUCUUUCCAUUGAUCCAAUUCAAAGGGUAUUUACUUAUUCAAUUAUUGAUGGAAAUGUUGGAUUCCAUAAUUAUGUUUCAACAGUUAAGGUACUUGAAAAAGAUGAUGGAUGUGUGAUUGAGUGGCUUUAUGAAGUUGAACCAGUUGAAGGGUGGAAAUUGGAGUAUCUUGAUCUUUUCAUUGGUUCUGGCUUGGAUGAGAUGGGUCAAAGAAUUCAAGGAGCUUUGAAAAUCAUGGAAAAUGCACUUGUUGGAGUUUAAUUUGAAAUUAAAGUCAUAUAUCAUGAUUAAUCACCAAAGAGCUUGAUUUCUAUCUGAGCUCGAAUUCUGGUUGAAAUAAUCGUUGGUCAGCCUUUACCUCUCAGCUAAACUCUAUAUUCACUAUAGUUUGGCCUUUUUUACAAUGAAUCGGACUACUAAGAAAAAAAUAAAAUUAAUUUCUACCAGGCAUCUUCAAGUUUUUCCGUAGUUUCGAGUGCUUAUAUUUUUGUGUAUCGUUAGUUUGUCAUUACUUAUUAAUAAUAAAGGCUAAGGUGUGUGUUAAAAGUUGUAUUGUUUUGGUGUGUUUUGGGUUUGUAGCAAAAAUCAUAAGCUUGAUUAAUUUUUAAGUGUGUUUAUGAUUCUAAUGGUUA